AUGGACCAAACUCCUCUCAAGCACCCUAUUUUCCUCCUGUUCGCCGCCAUCUCGGUCGUCGUCUGCGCCUCGGCAAUCGGGCCUAGGACGCAGGAGCUAAUCAACACUAUUUGCCGCAAGAUGGAGGACUACGGGUUCUGCAACAAGUGCUUCUCCGAGCACAUCUCCACCCCGGACACCGACAUGCACGGCCUGGCUCAGAUAGCCAUCGAGCAGAGCCUGAUCAACACGACCGCCACGCUGGUCUUCGCGAAGAAAACCUUGAAAGAGGCGACCGACCAGCAACUGGUGAAUUACCUCAAGACCUGCAUCGGCGGGUACCUGUCGAUUCUGGAGAAGAUCGAGGACGCGGACAAGGCCUUCGGGUACAAGAACUACGGUGCCGUGCUGACCGACUUCCUGAACUCGGCGAAGGUGCUGGCGACUCAGUGCGGACCGUACGGCAACAAGCACGGGAUCCCGAAUCCUCUCUACGAGGAUAACAGAGAGGAGAGGAUUCUUAUAACUAUGGCUGCUGCGACAGCAUACAGUCUAGGUCAUGGAGGCGGAGCAAAACACUAA